AUGUGGGAACAGAUGAUCGCCGUCCCGACAAAUGAACCCCAUCCCAUCCCACCGCACGAUCCUUCGAGGCCCAGCAUCGCCAUGAGGAAGCUGUCUUGGCUCUUCUCUUCCCUCUUCCCCUACAACGGCUUCCUCUUCGGGGACCCACCAGAGAACCGACCACCCCAGGCCAUAUGGGCCGCAGGAGCCGGGGGUUCGAACCGUACCCGCAGAGACGCAGAGCGGUCUGCCAACUGA